UGACUCACAGACACCAUUUUUGUAGGCUGUAUGGCUGAAUAAAAUUUAUUAAAUGGAUGUAAGUGUGUUGGUAAUCGGCAUCUGACGAAUUGAUUCGAUAAUUUCGGAUCCUAACCAAGUGAAUUAAAUUAUUGAAAAAUAUUUGUCUCGAGUCGAACCGAAGAAACAUGGCAUCCUUGACGAGUAUCAGAGUAAUCGCCCGAAACUCUAGUUUUAAAAAAUUAUCCAACUUUGUUUGUGGGAAAAGAGUCGGAGCUAUUGCUAAUGUAACACGAGCGCAGAGGUUCCAUGUUAAAGCAAAUGGUUCGAAGUUCAUUACACCGAUCUAUUCUCAGGUCCGGAAUUAUUCAGAGGGUUAUUCAGAUGGUAUGAAGAAAAAAAUUCCGAUUGAGGAAAUUGAGAAACGUGUUUUAAAAAUAUGCAAAGAUUACGAUAAAAUAACAGCUGAUAAGCUUACUUUGGACUCGCACUUCAUGAACGAUCUGGGUCUUGACUCUCUGGACCACGUGGAAGUGAUAAUGGCCAUCGAGGACGACUUUGGUUUUGAAAUUCCCGACAUGGAUGCCGAGAAGUUGAUGAAACCGGGUGACAUCGUACGUUAUAUUGCAGAUAGAGAAGAUAUUUAUGAAUAGAAAAAAUAUCUGCUUCAUUAUCGAUUUAUUAUAUAAUUUUUAAGAUUUUCAAAUUACUUAGUACGUAUAUCAUCAUUGUUUUCAUUAUUAUUUUCUGUAAAUAGAAGUGAAAGGUUUCGCUGUACGAAUUUUAAAUAAAUAUCGAUACUACGAAACAACCAUAA